AAAAAAUGGAUAUAUAUAUAUAUAAACCCACAGUUGCAGCCAACACCAUUAUUAUACUAGAAUUGAUUGAAAAAAUAAUUUCGGGCGUUUCAUUGUUCCAUUCGAUUAAAGUGAUUCACAGAGAUGUCGGCGUACGAGAACGUUGUUGGGGGUAAACUGAAGUUGAAGGGAAAAGCAUUGGAUGUGGCUGGUGGAGUUAAGAAGAAGAAAAAGAAGAACAAAAGAAAUCAAGAACAGUUUUUGCAAGCUGCUGAAGAUGAAAUUUCAACAGGUGGAAGUACAGAACAAGCUAAAGAUCCUAAUGAUGAUGAGGAAGUAAACGAUGGGAGCAAAUUGAGCAGAGAAGACAAGCCUGCUCAUUAUGAUGAUCAUCUUACACCAGCAGAGAGGCGGUACAUAGAACAAAGGGAGCAACUUGAUGUUCAUAGAUUGGCGAAGAUCGCUAAUAAAUCUCACCGCGAUAGAAUUCAGGAUUUCAAUCAAUAUCUCGCAAACAUGAGUGAGCAUUAUGAUAUUCCUAAAGUUGGUCCUGGAUGAUUCAAGGAAUUGUUCGAGUACGAAGAAGGCAAAUCUCUGUCAAUUGUAUUUUGUUUGUUUAACAUUGACACCAUAUGCUGUAACGAUAGUUUUCACUACAUAUUUAUAUUUUGUUGGAUUUAAUUUACUUUAUAUUUGUCAGUGUAAAAAGUUUUUACGCUGAUAGUGAAUUAUAACCAUCCGAUAUUUAAAAAUAUUUGACUUGUAUGGUAAUUACUUUUAAAA